CGGGGGCGGGCACAGCUUGCGGGUCUGCAAACACUGCACGGCUGCUGAUGAGGGAACGAGAGAGAGCGCACGAGCCAAAGAGAGAAGAGGAGAGAUCUGUAGUCUGGCCACCACCUCCCCCCUCCCGUCCCCCACUUCGCCUUCCCCACCUGAUUCGAAACUUCAACCCCCUUUAUUUUCACCUUUUCCAUUCACUUCUAGUCUAACUUGGGUCACUGCCUUCGUCGCUUGCUUCGCAAACACUCUUCAUCGUCACCUUCUCUGCGUCGCUCUUCUAAUUCCCCUUCCCUUCCACCUGCCUAGUUGUGGCGUUAUUAUUUACUCGCUUACUCCUCAUUCUACAAAGAGCGAGAGGGAGCGAGAGAGAGAGGGAGAGCGCGAGCGCGAGUGAGGGAAGGGAAGCAGUGCUGUGAGGGGGCGUAAUUUAGUCUGAGUGAGCUAUUUUUUCAACGUUUGUGGGGGACUGGGGGUGGGGGAACAUCGAAGCGGUCGCGAGCGUUAGUUGAGUUGUUGGUUUGUUAGGUGAAGGUAGUUUGAGGGCCGGGUUUACAGUGAAAGAAAGUGUGGUCGGUGUAGAAGGGGCUUGCCAGAGGUUUAUCGCGAUCAGUUUGAUGAUUGAUUGAAUUUUUCUGAUUGUUGGCACCUUAUACGUACAAGCCCGGUUACUGAUCUAGUGGAGCGGCAGUGUCCAACUGGGUUCUUUCAUCUUGAGUGUUGAUGUCAUAGGCCCCGCAUAUCUGUAGACCUUCUUGAACCAGAGAGCGGGUUGGGGACGACGUCAAGUUGUUGUGUCCAUUUUGUGCUUUUCUACCGGCUCCUGUCAGUGUCGACUCGAGCGUAUUCCCCUACGUCUUAGUGCGGAUUCCGUCAUUUCGGAGUCACCAUUCUUUUUCUUCUCAUUGGUCCCGCUUGAGAUAUUUUGUUUGGCGUCUCGCGUUGCUUGUUGUGGACUCGCGCAGCUACCGAGCUCGUUCUCAUUUUGUUCUUCGCGUGCAACAGUUUCAAGUACUAUUAUGUAGGUGGUCGUGAGGGUGAAGUCGAGAGGAUUGUGUCAUGAGGAGUAGUCUGGGACGAUUUUUUUGCCACAUCUAAGGGUGAAGACCAACUUAGAUAGCUAGGCUUCUUUAUCGUCUCACUCCAAGGGUACUCCAAGGUCAUUCGUCCUUGUCCUAUUGGCGUGUGAUUAUUUCUUGGAUCGUGCUACACUUGGGGCUGCUAAACGAAGGUUGCGCUUACAAGUAGUCGUAAGAUCCUUGAUGCAAGCGUGGGGUUGGAUAAUGCAAUCUUCCCGUUUGUUACUAAAUUUUUCAUGUAUGGAUAAUCGUAUGCAAUUUCACUCGGAGUCUACUGUACAGUCUUCGGAUGAUGAAUCGGACAUUGACUUCCGAGAAUCGGAGCCAUUAAUUCAGAUAAAUCUAGAGAUGCCACCAUCUUCAGAUGAUGAAUUGGAGAGCUUUGUUGGCAGUAAAUCCGAAUUUCUAAUAAAGGGUUCAAGUAUGAGUAAUCCACUGCAAUUUCAUAGGGAGAACGCUUUACCGUCUUCGGACGAUGAAUCGGACAGUGACCACUCCCGUGAAUCAGUUCCUUUGUUUCAUGUCCACUCGAAGGUACCACCGUCUUCAGACGAUGAAUCGGAAAAGUCUCCUUGCGAAGAAGACUUACUACAUCAAUGUCCCUUGCCUUGUCAGAUUUUCGAAGAAUUAAAGAAGUUGCUAGAAAUUGCAGGCCCGCUGGCUGCUUUGAAUUGCGUCGUGUAUGUUCGGGCCAUGGUAUCAGUGUUGUGCUUAGGGAGAUUGGGCGGGUUGCAGUUGGCAGGAGGUGCACUCUCAAUAGGCUUCACGAACAUCACAGGUUACUCGGUUCUAGCUGGUCUCGCAUCAGGAAUGGAUCCAAUAUGUAGUCAAGCUUACGGAUGCGAGAAUUAUAACUUGAUCGGACUUGCGCUUCAAAGGACCAUCUUAAUUCUUCUUUCGGCAUGCCUUCCCAUCAGUGUGCUAUGGUAUAAUUUGGAAAGCAUACUUUUGGCGCUCCGUCAGGAUCCUGAAAUCACUGCGGUUGCAAGUAUGUUCUGCUUGUAUUCCCUACCGGAUUUGUUGGCGAAUAGCUUUCUGCAACCACUUCGGAUCUAUUUGAAAUCUCAAGGGCUCGCUGCUCCAAUGUUCUGGUGCUCAGCGCUUGCAGUGUUGCUGCAUGUGCCUCUCAACAUACUCCUAGUUUUCGUUUUGGAGCUUGGUGUUCCUGGGGUUGCAAUCGCUGCCGUAUGCACCAAUUUCAACAUGGUUUUCUUCAUUUUAGUUUAUUUAUUGUAUUCAGGUGUCCUGAAAGGCACAUGGGUGCCGUGGUCCACAGAGUGCUUACGAGGCUGGGGGCCGUUGCUGACCCUUGCUCUACCCAGUUGCUUGGCACUCUGUCUGGAAUGGUGGUGGUAUGAAAUUGUGACCCUUCUAGCUGGGUAUUUGCCAAAUCCACAGGUUGCUGUUGCAACAACUGGAGUAAUAAUUCAGACGACAGCAUUGAUGUACACAUUCCCGCAAGCUUUGAGUUCCUCCGUAUCUACUCGCGUGGGAAAUGAGCUUGGAGCUGGAAAACCUGCACGGGCAAGGAUAGCCACAUUCGUGGCUCUUUGCUGUGCCCUCGUAGUCGCUAUUGUCAGUUUGACCUGGACCACCGCUCUUCGAAGUGUAUGGGGUCACGUCUUCACGGAAGAUGAAAAUGUGUUGGCUUUGACAGCAGCAGUGUUGCCCCUCGUAGGACUUUGUGAGCUUGGCAACUGUCCCCAAACGACUGGUGUGGGUGUUCUACGCGGAAGUGCUAGGCCUGCGGUUGGGGCACGCAUCAACUUGGGUUCAUUUUAUGCUGUUGGGACACCCGUUGCAGUUGCUCUAGCCUUCUGGUUCAAAAUCGGGUUCGGGGGCCUGUGGUAUGGGCUUCUGGCAGCACAAAUUGCUUGCGCUGCCUCAAUUUUGUUUGUUGUUCUGCGCACUGAUUGGGCGGCUGAGGCCAAGAGAGCACGGGAUUUGACAGGGCCUGUACCUAAGGAAUUGCAGGUGACGGUUAAAACAAGCAACAGAAUUGUGCCGGUGGAUAUGGAUAUUGACGAACUUCUGAAACCGGGUCUGUUUUCACCGAAGAAACCACAGUCUGAAGGACCCAUUAGGAUUGGGAAUCUUGAAACGGAAAUGAUAAUGGUGAUUGUUGAUGGAGGGGCUGGACAACAUUUCAAUCACUGUGGAAAUAUUAUUGCGCAGAAAGAGAGCUAUCAAUGUAUAUAACAUUUUGAUUUUCUUCAUUCCCUACACCCUUUCCCGAAUACCCAUCUUUUUGUAGACAGGGUCGUGGCCUUGGACUUUGUUCGUUAGGCUAUUGGGUGUUCCAGAUGUAUCAUACAAGAAAGUUGCUCAGCACAGGUUGUAUUCUUUCUAUAUUCUGGUUUAGGGGCUGGGGAUUUUCUGCUGAUGCCUGUCACCCCACGUCCUCAUGAGGCAUGUAAAGGGCAUUUUCUUUCCUCCACAGUGAAAACAGAUCGGGUUGAUUGGAGUGGCACAUUGCCACUUACAUGCCGAUUCCGCUCACGUAAAGCAGUGGGCUUAUCAACCCGUUCAAUGACAAAAUUUUCUUGUCAAGUUUUAUGAUUCACCCACGCAUUUAGGUUGGGUGAAGUUAUAUAAACCUCUUUGUAAGUAUCCAUCUUUUAUAUAUUAAGCUCUCUUUUUCGCUGUCUUGUUCUCCA